UUGAGUGACGCCGGGGCAGAAUGGCUGGAGUGCUGCUCCUGCUUUUUACAGUUUUAUGCAGUGUGUUAUUCGCGGAGACAGCACUUGAUAUACAAAAGAAGAAGGUGGUAAUACGCAGCUUAGGCCAGUGCAAGGGACAGCAGGGACUGCCCAUGAUAUGGUACGACUUCGCCUCCAAACACGACGACAAGACCGGAGACAUAACGGCUUCCAUUAAAGUCAGGAACAAGAAAGAAGUCAGCAAAGACUUUUCGAUCGUGUUCAACUUCUGGAAAUGUGACGCUUCAGGGAAUCCAGACAGUUGCGAGCAGGUCGUGAAGGAUUACAACGUAACUGACAUAUGUACGUUCAUGGUGGCCAAAGGUGAAUUGUGGUCGCGGUUUAUGGAGGCUUUCACGACGCCGUUGGAGUGUCCGAUUAAACCGGGGCUGUACGAAGCGAAGGACUUGAAAAUUGCCCCGGAUUUCCUCAACUAUAUGCCUGUCGGGGAUGCUCUUUGGAAGGUGCAAAUGGACGGUCACGACAGAGGGAAAAAAGUGUCUUGUGUUUACCUUGUUAUACAGAUUGUGCCGUUCUACGUUAAGCGAAGAACAUAGCGUUACAUUCUUGAUUGUGUCCUGUAAUCU